GUUAGCUUGUGACAUUAUUUGACGAAAACAUGCCUCUUAAGUGACGCCUUUAUAAACCGCUGUACCUGAGAUAACUCAAAAUCGCUUGGUACAUGUAGUUAAAUCCACAGCCGUCUAAUUUAACACGCGCAUCAUCGCCUCUUUCUUCAUAAAUAUUUCCCCUCCUUCCGAGUGUCUUCUCUACAAACUCCAUCAUCAUGGCUGCGACUGGGACGAAAGAAGCCAUUCUGAAUUCCUUGCUGGAGGAUGCCCGGUAUUGGCAAGGGUUGCGAGAGUAUGUCUACGACUUAAACAUGCCCCUAUUACUCAACCCAAAUGAAUCGCCUCUGCCCUGCCGCGAGACUCCGGCCGAGUUCGAAGCCAUCAACUCAAGUUUCUCCUCCCAGAUCCACGCCCUCUUUGAGACGCUUCAUGAUUUUGAGAGUUUAAGCGAGACGAAAGGUAAGACGGAAGGCAAGACGGAAGACGUCGAUGAAUACAUCCGCAAAGACGGCCUUAUCCCCAUCAUCCGCAUCAACAAUCAAUCCUUCGACCGCUAUCCCCAUUGCCUGCACCGCAAUUUCCACUCGCGUCGCCUCUCCCUGCGUGACCCGGCCACUCUGCCACAGCUGUGGCGCGUGUCCGAGCUCCGGCUGUUCUCGGCGCCGGACUACAGCGCUAACAUCGACUUUGAGAACGUCCGGCCUGUAUCACUGCGCCUGCCCCUAGAGCUUGCGUCGAGACUCCCUGCCCUGCGCAGCCUCGACUGCCCGUGGCUGUGGGAGCGCAUGCCCGUCGCCUUCCGCCCGCGCACGCUUCGCCACUUCGCGCGGCCGUGGGAAGGCCCAUGGCGGGACGAGCGUCAUGAAUUCGGUAGGGCGGUGCGGGAGUUACACGAGCAUAUGCCCACUUCGCUAGUCGCGGCGCGCCUGUGGUUCUGGAAGCCCAAUGCUUUCUAUGUCGACGAGGACCAGAGCAUCGAGAUGCCGGAUCUGGUCCGUCCGGACGACGCUGAUCCUCUCUCACUUGGUUUGCGAACUGUGGCGUCGCAUCUUGAGCAAUUCGACCUGCGCGCCUUUUUGACGCCCGAUCUGUUCCGGGCCCCAGUGACAUGGCCCCGCAUGAAACGUCUGCGCGUUGAGUUCCAUCCCUGGUGUCCGGAUGGUACCUGGUACUUCGUCGGACCGCGGGGCGAGAACCCCCACCCUGACGGCGGCUUCGAGAUCACGCGCGAGCACCAUUAUCCUCCUGUCGCCCCCAACGAGCAGGACGACGAGAUGGACGAAGAGUAUGUCGAGGACGAGGGAGACGAGGAAGAGGAGGAGCGUCGAACAGACAUGUUCCGCACGGAGCCUCUGCCACGUAAGAUCGAACCCCUCUUGUUAGCCUUUGCCGGCGCCCUGAAGGGCAUGCCUGCCUUGGAGGAGGCGGAAUUGUUUGCGUACCUGGCCUGGCAGCCUUCGGAAGAGAGGCAACGCGCAUACGAAGACAGUGGUGAAGCACCAUAUAAUCAAGACUGCGCCAUUUACAGAUGGGGGGUGAGCUACGCCCCGGGAAAAAACGGUGGUAACGGGCUGUUGACAUGGCAAGUUGGGUCGUGGAGACCCCAUGAAGACGUCAUCCAGUCAUUCAAGGCUUUGGGCGGGGAGGGUAGCGAGGUCGAGAUUACGUGGAAGCCCUUCGAGUUCACAGACAAGAGGGACGAGGAUCUGAGAGCCUUCCACUAA